UGUAGCAAAAUGUCUGGUCGUGGUAAAGGCGGUAAAGGACUCGGAAAGGGAGGCGCUAAGCGCCAUCGGAAGGUGCUUCGCGAUAACAUUCAAGGUAUUACCAAACCGGCUAUUCGUCGUUUAGCUCGUCGUGGCGGCGUCAAGCGUAUUUCUGGGUUGAUCUAUGAAGAGACUCGUGGCGUGCUCAAAGUUUUCCUUGAAAACGUGAUCCGCGAUGCUGUCACUUACACUGAACAUGCCAAGCGCAAGACUGUGACAGCCAUGGACGUGGUUUACGCUCUGAAACGCCAGGGCCGCACUCUGUACGGAUUCGGGGGCUAAGCCUCUGAUUUAGCUUUAAAACCAAACGGCAAGAAACACAAAGGCUCUUUUAAGAGCCAACCAUAUUUUCAUAAUAAGAGUUGUGUUGCUAAAUUAGAGUUUUCUUAAAAUAUAUGUUUAUAUUUCAGUUAGGUACGUACUCUUAGCGUACUUGCUUGCUAAAGCAUGUAUUGGAAAUGAAAUAGAAAAUGGUUGGUGACUAAGCACAUGUAUUAAGAGACCAUUUAGCCAGACAAGCUGUCUAGAAAGUUGUAUUAUUUAGGUUCUUAAACUCAAAACA